AUGGAAGCCGUGCUUCUCUGCUCGAAGGUCGUUCCUCGGGCGACAUUGUUGGAUGGGAACCGGAAAUUUUCGUUCAGGCAUUUGAACGAACACCUGAAGUGCCAUUCGCUUCGUGCUGAUUCCAGAAAGACUCCUUUACUCCGCAGCUUUGAAGCGAUUAAGAGCCCGUCUAGCUUGAGAUGUGCUCCGUUUCCAGUGAGAAAAGGUCCGUUGGUUCCGCCCAGCUGCUCGAUUUCUAGCUCGCCUGCCCUCUCGUUUGAUUCACUGGUGAAUAGAGUUCGCCAAUUGAAAGUGAAGCCCUCGGAUGUAGUGAAAGUGACUCUUCUGCUCUCGAUUUUGACUGUGGCUGCGAAAAAGGUUGCGAAUUUGGUUUUCGAUCCAUUCUUCUGGAUGUAUUUCAGCUGGACAUGGCUCUUCUGGCCUUGGUUUUUCGCUGUGGGUCUCGCGGGUUACGGGGUUUACUGCUUCCGUAAGCAUUGGCUCGGCGAAGCGAAUGCCUUUGAGCAGCUUGGUAUUGUUACUUCAGUCUUCACAUGGCUCACACUUGUGCCUCCUGCGUAUUUCAACGGAUACCUUGAAGGCUGGCCGCUUGUGUUCUUCUUGGCUUAUCAUUACUUCUUCUUCUUCAAUGUAAGCGUGAGGAAACGCCUCUAUGGAGAUUACUACGCCCGCAAGCAUGAUCCCAAAUGGGAUGUGAACACGCCUUUGUGGUCUCGGGUUUUGUUUGGUGUUGGCAUCGUGGCUGGGCAUUGGCUUGCGGCUUUUGAAGGGCCUGAGCUUCAUCGCUUACCAGGCGGAUGGGCCAAUGUAGGGAUAUGGGGUUUGAUUGUGACUACAAUGCUUAUGCAUUACGAUUCGACCCUGUAUCUUGCUAGAUAUUCCGAGAAGGUGGUUGUUCCGACGGCUGUUGUGCGGUUUGGUCCUUAUAGAUGGAUCAGGCAUCCGAUAUAUGCUUCGACGAUGCUUCUCAUCGCUACGUACUGCACCGCGCUUCGUGCUCCUUUGAGCCUGCUGUUUCUUGUAGCGGUUUGUCUGGUUUACUACAGCAAGAAGGCAAAGCUGGAGGAAGAGUUGAUGGUGGAGAGUUUCGGGCAAAGCUAUUCGGAUUAUGCUGAUAAGGUUAGGCACAAGUUCAUUCCUUUUGUUUACUAG